GUGAUACACUACACCGCCCUCCAAAGAACUUUCUGGAAAUCGAGCGAAUGACCUAGAAUCGUUACCCUCUAAAGUUUACCGACAUGGGUUUUCUUAUAUAAAUCUUUGUACCCUCUCUGCAUUUUCAUAAUAAGAUCAUCGAUAAACUAAGCUGGGAGUUUGGAUUCUGCGUUUGAUUAUCAACAGGUAUUUGAAGUUUGGGGGCUGUGAAUAAUUUGUCUACAGGUGUGAUCGCGAUGGAUCAGGUGAAGGUACUCAACACAUGGAUCAGUCCCUUUGGUAUGCGUGUUUUGAUUGGUCUGGAGGAGAAAGGUGUGAAAUAUGAAUAUCAAGAAGAGGUGCUCUCCAAUAAGAGUGAACUCCUCCUGCAAAUGAAUCCCGUGCACAAGAAAAUCCCUGUUCUGAUCCACAAUAGUCGGCCUGUAUGCGAGUCUCUUAUAAUUCUUCAGUACAUAGAUGAGGCUUGGGGUUUCACGCAAUUUCUACCCUCCAAGCCAUAUGAUCGUGCCCUUGCCCGCUUUUGGGCAGAUUUCACAGAUAAGAAGUUUUAUGACGCGGGAGCUCGUAUAAUUAAGUCUAAAGACGAGGCUCAAGAGCAGGCCAAGCGUGACUUGUUGGAAAGCUUUCAACUUUUAGAAGGCAUAUUAAAAGAGAUGUCAGCAGGGGGAUCCCUGCCUUUCUUCGGUGGAAAGGAUUUUGGGUUCCUAGAUAUUGCAUUCAUUCCCUUUACUUCAUGGUUUCAUACUUAUGAAUCUCUUGGGAAUUUCAAGAUACCGUUGGAGAGUGAGUAUCCGUUGCUUGAUGCGUGGGUUAAGAAAUGUAUGGAGAGGGACAGUGUCAAGAAAGCCCUUCCCUCUCCGGAUAAGGUUUUGGAAUAUGCAAUACAAUUGAGGAAGGGGUUUUUGGGUGAUUAGAUUGAAUGUUCAAUUGUUAAGGCUGUAAAUGUGGAUCGCAGCUAUUCUAGUUCUAAAAUGGAUCUUUUGUACAGCGUGAUAGCGACGUGUUAGUCAAUUACAACCGUUUAUUGCAAAAUCGACGAUGUAAAACGCGUGACUAACACGCAGGGUAGUCAAUUCGUGCUGCCGUUUUGGAGCCAAAAUAGACGCUUCCACAAAUGUGGGUAUUCAUUAGGUGAGUAUAUCCUUUGUAAUAGAUGAAUAAUACAAAAUGUCCAAAAGAGUUCAAUGGUACGGUUCAAUUUGUUGUUGAACAAUGAACUAGAGAUUUCAGAAUUGCAUUGUUCAAUUUUAUUGUCGAACAAUGCAUAUGUUUUGAAGGAUUAACCUAUGCAAUAGAGAAUGAGUUGUGUUGGUAUCUACCUAUAUUAAACGAUGUUUAAUAUUGGACUUCAAAUGAUGUUAAAAGUUAA